AUGGCGGCGCACAAAAGUGCAUUUCAUCGUUUAUUGUGUCUUUCAAUGCCUUCACUAGGUAAAUGCAAUUUCUUUUACUUUCAUAUGUUGUAUUUAGUUUGAUUAUUCCGUAUUUUUCACGUUUUUCGUUGCCAGUUGUUCUGAUUUGUGGAUGUAGCGCUUUUGUACAAGAGCUUGAUGACAGGUGAGACUGGCCAUGGAAUAUUUUACUAGCUCUGUUACUAAGUUUAUUAACGUAUUUUUUAACGAAAAUUUGAUUUUAUACAGGUUUAUUAAGCCUGGGUUUUAAUUUCGUAUCUAGUUAGAGGUUCCUAAAGACGAACAAGAGAUACGAUAAGCUCAAUUAAAUUAAAAAUGCUACCUAAUUAUUCUUAUUAUUUCUCCUUAUUGCUUUGUCUGUGACAGUUUUGCAGAUCUUAAGAAAGAGGGCAGCUGGCUUGUCGAGGUAGGAUUUAAUUUCUGCCGCAUGAAAGUUGCUAUAACAUGUUUUGUCAAUGACUGAAUGGCCGUUGUAAAUAAUCCCCUUCUUUGCAGUAAAGUGAACUUGCAGAGGGACAAGGGCACCAAGAUACUUUCCUACUGAGAAAAAAGGAAUAAAAAACUUUUCUUAAAAAAAAUUAGAUUCAAACAAAUUCUGCAUCCACCAGGCCAAUUUUCAAUUAAAUACUGAGGGUGUUAUGAAAGUGAAGGAACACAUGCUCCUUAAGAGGUAAAAAAAAAAACUGAAAAAUUCGGGCCUGACCAGGAAUCACGUCCUGACCUUUGCUCUAUUCAUCGAGCUAAUCAAGCCAGCUGGAGAGCAAGCCAUUCUGAGUUCAUAAUAUAAAGGAUGGUGGAAGUGACAUAAAUUGAUUCAUUUUGUAUAUUUCAAUUCACUGAAGGUGUUAAUUGAGAAAAUUAUAAAAUUAAGGUAAUAACUGAUUGAUUAUUCUAACUUUAUGACAAAAUUUAGGCACCAUUAUAAACAAGUGUGGAUGCACCCCUGGUGUGUAGUGCAAAGGGGAAGGGCAGGAAGGAGAGGCAUUCUUAGGCUCCACACCUUUUUCCCUUUCCCUCAUAAAAAUAUCCAAACAAUAAGAAAAAAAUGCACUUUAUUUGAGUGUCAAUGUACCGAGCAGGAAAGUACUAAUUGGGGACACUAUUUUUACAUCUCCAACAACUCCAACUCCAACCAAGCCACGCGAAGGUCAAGCUGCUUGCAGUGCAAAAGGAGUACCUUCAUUUCUCUGUUAUUUUAAGACCCUUAGUGUUGGUCUGGCUCCAGGAAUCCAACCUGCGACCUCCUGCUCAUCAUUUAUUAAAGUUCUCUACCAACUGAGCUAAUUCUGCCUGGGUGAACCAACUGAGCUAAUCCUACCACAGUGAACAAUGUGAUAAAACCUGCCACUGUUUGGAUACAAAUUAGAAAGGGAGUGCAACAGUUUUUGAAGUUGAUCUUCCCCUCCUCUUUAAAUGAUGUUUUCUGUUUUGCCAGAAUAAAAAAAAAUUCAUUCUCAUAGAAACUGGGCCAGUCCUCCAGCUCCACAGUCCUUGUACAUGUAUUAGGACAAUUAUCUUUAUAAGAGUGAUUGAGGCUAUGUAAAGAUAUUUUAUUUUCUUCUCAGCAUGUCCCAGCAAUAGUAUUUUUAUGCUUUUACAUCUUUUUUUUUGUUUGGUUGGAUAGAGUUCGUGUAGAGACCCUUUUGUUGUUUUGAUUUUGUAGUUUUAUGCACCAUGGUGUGGCUAUUGCAAGAAACUUGAACCAAUUUGGAUAGAAGUAGGCAGGACUCUUCAUGGUUCUGCUAUUAAAGUGGCCAAGUUAGAUGCUACCAGAUUCUCAAGUAUGACUUAUUUUAAUAUAAUAAAAAUGGCCUCUGACUCGAUAGCCCAUUCAGCUGUUAUUAAUGAGUUAAUAAAUAAAGAAUUUUAAUUUAUUUAUUAUUUGAUUCCAUAAUAGAUCAUAAUUAACCCAUUCUCUCCUGGGAAUUUUGCGAAAAAAUGCAUGUGAAAGCAAGCCGAGCUGUUUUUUCGUCAAUGUUUGGCUGUAAAGAGCUAAAACUUACCACAAAGCCAUUUUCAGGUCUUGCACUUUGCUGCUUUCUGAUCCAGAUGACAAAAUAUUAGCUUGCAAAGUUUGCGUAUGCGAAGAAAGCAAAAUUUUGAGAUAGUUGUUGGGUUUGAAAGUGACACAGGAGUCUUGACCUUUUCGUUUCGCUUUCUUUCCUACCCUUUUCUUUUACUUUUCUUGCCUCAUUUUUUUCUUUUACUGGGCAUUUAGUUGGCUUCAUUUCAGUGGGAAAGGAUUUUUUGGGAAAGCUUUUAGGAUUAGAUGAUGGGAAGUUACAUGUAGGUGGGUAUUGGAACAAGAUUGUUCAUGAUUUUUGAGUCAAUGUUACAUGAAUUUUUGAUUUUUUCUCUGGUCUCCUUGACUGAACCAUGCUCUUUCUGGUAUGGUUUGAAAGAUCUCUUCAUCCUGCACAGGUUAGUUGACAAAGUUUUCCUUAACAAACUGAUGACAUCACAAGACAGUGGUAGAAGGGACGUUUGUCCACAUGGGUGGUUACAGGCAGUUUUAAGGGUGAAUGGGUUAAGUAAUUGUUUAGUUGUAAACUUUUCUUAGGUUAAUCAUAUCCAAACCCAUUCGCCCCUGAGCCACCCAUGCAGAUCCACGUCCUUUCUACCGCUUGUGAUGUCAUCAUGAUAAUCCCAAGAUCCUAAAAGCUUUCCUAAAAACUUUUCCCACCAAAAUGAAGCCUACUAAAUGCUCAGCUGAGAAAAAAAAAUGAGGCAAGAAAAGCAAAAAAAGUGGGAAGGAGAUAAAGCGAAAAGUAAAAGUCCAGACUACUGUGACUUCUAAACCCUAAAACUCGAAAUUUUGCUUUCUGCACAUGCCCGAACUUCGCAAGCUAAUAUUUUGCAUCUGGAUUAGAGGGCCGCGAAGUGUACGACCUGUAAAUGGCUUUGUGAUAAGUUUUAGCUCUUUAUAGCACGACAGUGACCAGAAAACUGCUUGACUUGCUUCAAAACACAUUUUCGGCAAAAUCUCCAGGGGUGAAUGGGUUAGUACGUAAUUUUGAUAACUCUUUCUAUUAUUGUAUUUAUUCUUUUUUUUACUUUUUAUCAGGUAUAGCAAGAGACUUUGGUAUUAGAGGUUAUCCUUCAAUAAAAUUGUGAGUAUAGCCUACGUAGCAGUCAUCAAAAGGCCACUGACAACUUUCUAGUAUGCGCCAUAAAAUUGUGUACCCUAUCGGCUAUGUCAACCUGUUCUUUUAACUUUUGUUGACUUUCAAUGCUUCUUUCAGAUGUAUAUUCUAGUUUGACCUGACCUUUUUCAUUUUGACCUGAAAAUUAUAUAUUUUACUCACAUGAAUACUGCAGUGUUAGAGGAAAGCGUAUAAUCACCUUUGAAGGAGAACGCACAGUUCAAGAUAUUGUUCAGUUUGCUGAGCGAGCCAACAGGUAACUCAAUCAUUUUUUUCCAGUUCAUAAACCCACCAUCUAUGUAAAUUGUAAAAUUGACAGAAGAUCCUGUUAACUUGAACUCAGUUAACUCAAAUUCUUGACUAACUCAAGUUAAUUAACAGGUGACCAUAUUAACGAGGGUAUUCUUACAAGAAAAUGUUUGGCCAUUUUGCAUGGCUGUAAGGUCAACUUUGAUUUCAGGUUAAAAGUUUUUAACCUAGAUUUAUUCUGUAAUGUUUCCUUUGCAUUUGUUACAGGUCAAAAUUAAAUUCAGGUUAAAAUUUUUAACCUAGGUUGAUUCUUCAUUGAUUCAUGGUUUAAGGCUAGGAGACAAAGGAAGUUGAAAAUCAACCUAGGUUAAGAAAGUUUAACUUGAAUUUAAUUUUGACCUGUUUCAUAUUCUAUGGUUCGGAGACAUUGGAAAUUGACAGUCAACCUACAAUCAGUGCCAAAAUUAGUUGGGACACUUCCCUUGAAAGGUCCUCUCCAACGUUUUGCCAACUCAAAAAAGGUAAAAUAAAGCUGUCCCUCCCCCAUCCCUUCCACGCAAUGUUGUGCCACUGUUUUAGCUACCUGUCGAAAACAACAAAACACCUCGAUCUACUUCGAACAAAUGGUAGGGUCGAGGGCUGUGGAUUGGUUUUCUUCUCUGACGCUACCCAAUUUGAGGACAAUGUCCCAACAAUUUUGUUGCUGAUUGUUGGUUAAAUCAAAAUUAAGUCAGAUUUUGACCUGUAACGUACAUACAAGUAAUGUAUUGUGGUCUCUUUGUACCAGGCCUGCGGUAACAGAGCUUCAUAACACAGAGCAAGUGGAAAGAGUAAGAAAAGAGAAAAAUGUUUGCUUUUUCCUGGUGACAAGCAAUGAGAAUUCUCAAUUGUCAGAGAAAAUUAAGGUAAUAUUUGAAUCUAUUGUUGGCUGAGUUUGUUGGAAGACAAUAGUGAUCAUUAGAUCUGACUACAAGUACAAUAUUGAGUACUGGUAUAUGUAUGACUCUGGAAUUUGGGGCAAAUGGUAUUCCUUAACUCUUUAAGCCCCAAUAUCCACAUACAAAUUCUCCAAACUGGUCUCUAUACAUUUCCUUUAAGAAUUAGUUAAAAAAAUUUGAUAAAAGAUCAAGAUGAAGGUAUUUUCUCUUUGAUGAUCAUUUCAUAAACUCUCAUAACCUUUUCUCUUGCCAAUGUAUCGAUAUCUUUAGGAGAAAAUUGAUGUUGAUCACUAUUGGNUGUUAAUAUUUUUUAAAAUACAGUGGAACCCUGCAAAAUAAUACAGUCACCAAUGGGCCAAAAAAAUUUGGCUGUAUUAACAGGUGACCAUAUUAGCGAGGGUAUAUAUUCUUACAAGAAAAUGUAUGGCCAUUUUGUAUGGUUGUAAGGCGGGGUUUUACUGUAUAUGUUACAGGUCAACUUUGAUUUCAGGUUAAAAGUUUUUAACCUAGAUUUAUUCUCUAAUGUUUCCUUUGCAUUUGUUACAGGUCAAAAUUAAAUUCAGGUUAAAAUUUUUAACCUAGGUUGAUUCUUUGUUGAUUCAUGGUUUAAGGCUAGGAGACAAAGGAAGUUGAAAAUCAACCUAGUAGGUUAAAAAAGUUUAACUUGAAUGUAAUUUUGACCUGUUUCAUAUUCUAUGGUUUGGAGACAUUGGAAAUUGACAGUAACCUACAAUCAGUGACAAAAUUAGCUGGGACACUUACAUUAAAAGGUCCUCUCCAACGUUUUGCUAAAUCAAAAAAGGUAAAAUAAGGCUGUCCCUCCCCCAUCCCUUCCGCGCAAUGUUGUGCCACUGUUUGACCUACCUGUAGAAAACAACAAAACACCUCGAUCUACUUCGAACAAACGGCAGGGUCCAGGUCUGUGGAUUGGUUUUCUUCUCUGACGCUACCCAAUUUGAGGACAAUGUCUCAACAAUUUUGUAGCUGAUUGUUGGUUAAAUCAAAAUUAAGUCAGAUUUUGACCUGUAACGUACAUACAAGUAACGUAUUGCGGUCUCUUUGUACCAGGCCUGCAGUAACAGAGCUUCAUAACACGGAGCAAGUGGAAAGAGUAAGAAAAGAGAAAAGUGUUUGCUUUUUCCUGGUGACAAGCAAUGAGAAUUCUCAAUUGUCAGAGAAAAUGAAGGUAAUAUUUGAAUCUAUUGUUGGCUGAGUUUGUUGGAAGACAAUAGUGAUCAUUAGAUUUGACUACAAGUACAAUAUUGAGUACUGGUAUAUGUAUGACUCUGGAAUUUGGGGCAAAUGGUAUUCCUUAACUCUUUAAGCCCCAAUAUCCACAUACAAAUUCUCCAAAGUGGUCUCUAUUCAUUUCCUUUAAGAUUAAGUUGAGAGAAUUUGAUAAAAGAUCAGGGUAUUUUUUCUUUGAUGAUCAUUUUAUAAACUCUCAUAACCUUUUCUCUUGCCAAUGUAUGGAUAUCUUUAGGAGAAAAUUGAUGUUGAUCACUAUUGGGACUGAAAGGGUUAAACUACAUGUAUACCUCUUUCCUGUUGUUCACUUAAUAAUGAAAGAUUGGCUGUGAUAAGUAAAAUUCUAUAUGAGGCACAGGCAUUUGGCUUGAAAACUCUUACUUGAAAUUGUUCACCAUCUGGUACUUGUAGUCCAAUCUAAAAGUCCCUAUUAUGAUAUUGAAUGAGGCAGAAGUGUUUAAAGACUGCUUAUCAUCCAUUUCUGUCAAUCUCUAGUCACAGGCAUUUAUAACCAUUUUAUUCACCUUUAUAACAGCUAUAGAUAUCAGGUAGAUUGACCAGAUGAAAUGACUAUAACCGGGCUAAAAAAUCAUAGCAAGCUGUAGAUUUCGUGAAAAAAAAAACAAAAAAAAAAAAACGUUUUUUUGAUGUUUCUUAAACUGAAUAAAUCCUUUCUUCAUGAAAGCUGCCUAUCCCAGCUGCCCAUUUAUGAGUUCCCCAUCACAGUAUAAUAUCAAACUUUUAUGGUUUUCUUGAGGUGCAUGCUCUAGUUUUUAUUACUAGAGAACUUGUAAGUAGAAAUCUACCGGUAAUUAAUUUACAAUUAUGAUUUUCUCCUUUUAUUAGAAUAUUUAUUCUGAAGUUGCAGAAAGUAGAGUCAUUCAAAGUUAUUUUUAUCAUAUUGACCUUCAAGUAUUGCCUAAGGUAAGAACAAGGUUUCUCUGCAUGCUAUGGUUUAUUAUAGCCUACGUAGCAGUCAUCAAAAGGCCACUGACAACUUUCUAGUAUGCGCCAUAAAAUUGUGUACCCUAUCGGCUAUGUCAACCUGUUCUUUUAACUUUUGUUGACUUUCAAUGCUUCUUUCAGAUGUAUAUUCUAGUUUGACCUGACCUUUUUCAUUUUGACCUGAAAAUUAUAUAUUUUACUCACAUGAAUACUGCAGUGUUAGAGGAAAGCGUAUAAUCACCUUUGAAGGAGAACGCACAGUUCAAGAUAUUGUUCAGUUUGCUGAGCGAGCCAACAGGUAACUCAAUCAUUUUUUUCCAGUUCAUAAACCCACCAUCUAUGUAAAUUGUAAAAUUGACAGAAGAUCCUGUUAACUUGAACUCAGUUAACUCAAAUUCUUGACUAACUCAAGUUAAUUAACAGGUGACCAUAUUAACGAGGGUAUUCUUACAAGAAAAUGUUUGGCCAUUUUGCAUGGCUGUAAGGUCAACUUUGAUUUCAGGUUAAAAGUUUUUAACCUAGAUUUAUUCUGUAAUGUUUCCUUUGCAUUUGUUACAGGUCAAAAUUAAAUUCAGGUUAAAAUUUUUAACCUAGGUUGAUUCUUCAUUGAUUCAUGGUUUAAGGCUAGGAGACAAAGGAAGUUGAAAAUCAACCUAGGUUAAGAAAGUUUAACUUGAAUUUAAUUUUGACCUGUUUCAUAUUCUAUGGUUCGGAGACAUUGGAAAUUGACAGUCAACCUACAAUCAGUGCCAAAAUUAGUUGGGACACUUCCCUUGAAAGGUCCUCUCCAACGUUUUGCCAACUCAAAAAAGGUAAAAUAAAGCUGUCCCUCCCCCAUCCCUUCCACGCAAUGUUGUGCCACUGUUUUAGCUACCUGUCGAAAACAACAAAACACCUCGAUCUACUUCGAACAAAUGGUAGGGUCGAGGGCUGUGGAUUGGUUUUCUUCUCUGACGCUACCCAAUUUGAGGACAAUGUCCCAACAAUUUUGUUGCUGAUUGUUGGUUAAAUCAAAAUUAAGUCAGAUUUUGACCUGUAACGUACAUACAAGUAAUGUAUUGUGGUCUCUUUGUACCAGGCCUGCGGUAACAGAGCUUCAUAACACAGAGCAAGUGGAAAGAGUAAGAAAAGAGAAAAAUGUUUGCUUUUUCCUGGUGACAAGCAAUGAGAAUUCUCAAUUGUCAGAGAAAAUUAAGGUAAUAUUUGAAUCUAUUGUUGGCUGAGUUUGUUGGAAGACAAUAGUGAUCAUUAGAUCUGACUACAAGUACAAUAUUGAGUACUGGUAUAUGUAUGACUCUGGAAUUUGGGGCAAAUGGUAUUCCUUAACUCUUUAAGCCCCAAUAUCCACAUACAAAUUCUCCAAACUGGUCUCUAUACAUUUCCUUUAAGAAUUAGUUAAAAAAAUUUGAUAAAAGAUCAAGAUGAAGGUAUUUUCUCUUUGAUGAUCAUUUCAUAAACUCUCAUAACCUUUUCUCUUGCCAAUGUAUCGAUAUCUUUAGGAGAAAAUUGAUGUUGAUCACUAUUGGGACUGAAAGAGUUAAACUACAUGUAUACCUCUUUUCUGUUGUUCACUUAAUAAUGAAAGAUUGGCUGUGAUAAGUAAAAUUCUAUAUGAGGUGCGGGAAUUUGGCUUGAAAACUCUUACUUGAAAUUGUUCACCAUACUUGUAGUCCAAUCUAAAAGUCCCUAUUAUGAUAUUGAAUGAGGCAGAAGUGUUUGAAGACUGCUUAUCAUCCAUUUCUGUCAAUCUCUAGUCACAGGCAUUUAUAACCAUUUUAUUCAUCUUUAUAACAGCAGCUAUAGAUAUCAGGUAGAUUGACCAGAUGAAAUGACCAUAACCGGGCUAAAAAAUCAUAGCAUGCUGUAGAUUUCGUGUUAAACUGAAUAAAUUCUUUCUUCAUGAAAGCUGCCUAUCCCAGUUGCCCAUUUAUGAGUUCCCCAUCACAGUAUAAUAUCAAACUUUUAUGAUUUUCUUGAGGUGCAUGCUCUACUUUUUGUUACUAGAGAACUUGUAAGUAUAAAUCUAAUUAAUUUACUAUUAUGAAAUCAAAAGAGGAAAAUAAUCUUAUAAAUAAGACUUCAACGUCUUUCAUCUCAGUAAGUUUCAAUAAAAAUAGUAUAACUGGAAGUUCAUAACGGAUUCCAUUCUUGUUCCAAAGAGACGUACGAUACCAAAUAAUUUUGAGUGAGAAAGGUGACCUUCCACUCUGUUUGCAUGUAUGUGCAUGUCAUUUUGCUUCAUUGUUUUCCAUCUCUAGUGUUCAUAUAAUUAAAUUUGAAUGAACUUCGAACUAACACAUCUAGUAAAAUUAUAUUGGUGAAAAAAAGAAAGAAAGGCAUUUUCUUUGAGUUUGCAUGUUUUGUUUUCACGAAAGUGCUUAUUGAAGACAAUACUUUUACGUCUCCAACUGGAGACGGGAUUGACAUUUUAUGCGGUCAUCUGAGCCAUGUGGAGGUCUAGCCAUUUGCAGGGCAAAGGCAGUACAGUACGUUCAUUUCUCAGUUAUCAGACGCUGAGUAUUGGUCUGACCCUUGGGGAUGAACCCAUGCCCUUUAUUUUACAGCCCUGAAUGCACCUGAACCCCAAAAAUGUGUUGGGGGGUCAAAGUAUUCCCUUUGGUGAUCAUUUAUAAUGAUUCUCAAAACCUUUCCUCUUGAUUAUGUAAUAAUAUUGUUCGUAGAAAAUUGAGGUUGGUCACUCUAGGGACUUUGAGGGUUAACUAGGAAAUAAUUCUUCUUCUAUAGGAUGUUCAAGUAAAAGCACCAACCAUUCUAGUGUCAAAGGAUGAUUCCUUUUUCUCAUUCCAAAGUGAGUUUAACUUACAAUAUUGAUUGUUUACUUCAAAUGCAUGGUUUGUGUGCAGUUAGUAUUACUUUGUUUCACAGAUUCUGAAACAUUGAAACAUUAUUUCAUUAAUUUUUACAUGAUUUGUUUAUGUUUGUUAAUGAAAUAUACGACUACUGUCUUCUACUCCAUACAAGAAAUGAUAGUCAUUACAUGAUUGUAGUGAUCUGUUGACAAUCUUUGUCCAAGAAAAGAGAAAUUUAUUUUUACUAGAAGUGAAGCCACAAUAACUUUUUUAUUUAUUAUUUAUUUCUUGGAAGUGUCUGAGGAUGUUGGUGAACAGAAUGUAUCUGAUUGGGUGAAUAAUGAGAGAUUUGAAGGAUUUGUGCAUGUAACCAAGUCCAAUUUUCACGACAUUGCUGAGACUGGUAGGUUAUUUCUUUAUUAAUUUGUUUAUUUGUUUAUUUAUUAGUACAUUUACACUAUAAAACAUUAAUGCUUUCAUUGUUGAGAAUUUAAAGUAGCUGUUUCAAGCAAAAUCAGCCCUUAAGAGCCUUGAUAAUCAACACAGCAAUUACAAUCAACACAGCAAGUUGAAGAAUAAUAUUUUAGUAAUGGAUUGCAAUGAUAUGUACCAGCCUCCCAUGUCAGUUUUUCAAAGUUUAUCUCUUUUGUUUAAAUUGAGGCAUUUGUGAGACACUGAUGAAUUGUUGGACAAAAAAGUGUAAUUUUGUCACUAUUCAAAAGGCAUAAAGAUUUUGCAGAUGCUAGCUUUUAUGAUAAAUGACAAUAAUGUUGGCUAUUCAUUAUAAAUUAAAUCAGUCUUCACUUCCAAUGUAUUGGGACCUAAUUUUGUAGUCAGCUGUUGUUGUUGUUGUUGUUGUGUUUUGAAUUUAACACCAGUGGCAGAUCCAGUGGAGAGGCCCAGGGGGCCUGGGCCCCCCUUAUUUUCAGAGCAAUAUGAGGCCGAAAAAAAUUUUUUUUGAGACCACCCCCACCCCACUCCACUCCAACGUUUUUGAUUGACCAGAUGACCAACAUUUAACUUCUCCUUGCUGGUAAUCACACUGCUCAAUUGUAAAACAUUACCAAUGGAUUCAGUUGAGAUAAAACAAAAUCAUCAACAAGUAAAAAAGGUCUUGAUUGCCAUCAAAUUCUCACCAAAAGUACCAUGGCUAAUGUGCAGUACAUAGAGUAUGCCUGUGAACAUUUAGGAUAAAAAGAGUUAACAAGAAUUUUUUUUGUGGUCACAGGUAAGGUAAUGAUGCUUGCUAUCCUUGCUGAGAAGAAGAAAAAGAAGAAGCUCAAUGGAAGGUGUGUCCUGUGUUCAGCACAAAAUAACAAAGAAACAAUUUAUCCUUACACAUGGUUAUCUGGAUUCCAGGCCUGGGAAAUUUUUUGCUUGUAGAAUCUGGAAUCAGGGAAUUUUUUUUGCAAGAAUCCGAAAUCCUGGGCUUUGGAAUCCAGAAUUUAGCUCAGUCGAUUGGAAUCUGGAAAUAUUAUCCAAGUUCCAAAGACAAGAAAUCUGGAAUUAAUCCAGUACCUGGAAUACAGAAUGAACAACAUGAAAUACGGAAUCCAAGACUAUCUUGGAUUACCUUACAGUAAUUACCAGGUAUCUUUUUGCUUUGAAUUUUAUUUUCUGUCUGGGAAAAAAGAAAAAAAAAAUCUGAACAGGCUAAGUAGACUUUUAAAAAAAAUCUAUCACGUAUAUCUAUUUGUUUGGUCCUCAGUAUAUGGGCAUUAUUUUCAAUAGAUGGUUUUCACCCACAUGGCCAGCUUCAAUGUCAAUUUAUUGGAACGAAAGAAAGCGUUUACAUAUUAAAGAAAACAGUUAAACUCGCACAGGAUAUUCUUGGUACACUAACAUGCAUGGCUGUCGUUUCAUUGUUUUGGAAUGCCAAUAUGGCCACCAUAACGUGAUGUGAAAACGCUCUAUAUUUUGCAAGACUGUUGUGAACAACUAACGCAUCAUUUUCAAUGCACUUUAAUAUACUGCGACUUGAAUGUUAACUUGCCUUUUAACUAAUUUUUUAGGGUGAGCGAAGUUGUUAAGAAUGUUGCAAUUAAUGAAAGGGAAAAAUUCCACAGGUAAGCACAUUUAAUAAUUAAAAGUACUAUGUUCAAUAGACCUGUUGCAUCGAUAGGACUUUGCUCAGUGCACAACAUCAGUAAUGUUACAACUAAGAUUUACUCAUAAUCGCAGUUGGAACCAACUUUGUGAUAACAUUUGCAGCAAUGCUUACAGAAAGCUUGGUCUGUGGUUGUUGUGAAAAUGAGGACCUCUGAAAAUGAAGACCUUAGACCACCUGAAAAUGCAGAUGUACAGUGAUGAAGAUCUCCUCCUCCCUCCCCUUUCACCCUUUUCCCAUCUUGAAAUAAGAUUAGAAUGUUGCGACAUCUGGUGUCAAAUUAUUGUAAUCUUACAUUUACUACUCGGUGAUCCUCGGUAAACCUGCUGAAUUUUUGUUUCAGAUUCUUUCAGUUUGGUUGGAUGUUGGGAGACAGUAUAGCAUCCAACAUUAUGAUGAGGUAACAAAAGCAAAUGAUUGAAUCACUUGUAAUUAUCAUCGCCGGCCUGCAUAAAAUGGCUGGCAAUAAACAUAAUGAAACCUGUAUUUAAUAUGUAAUAUUCCCAAAUCCACAAACAAAUUUUCAACGGUGAUCUUAAUACAUUUCCUUUAAGAAUUAGUUGAGAGAAUUUGAGAAGAGGUGAAACCAUUUUACUUUAGGAUGAUCAUUUUAUUGAUUCUCAUAACCUGGAUCUCUGAAUUAAAUAAUGAUAAUUUUUAUUGUUAAGCCCCUGCAAAGGGAAGCAACAUUUAUUGUUGGAUGUUACAAGUUGCAGCCGUUUGCACACCCUGUUGCAUGUUGUUUUGCGUUGUUGGGAUUUGCUGCGCAGAGUAUGAAGCGGUCAAACUUUUGAGUCAACAACUCCCAACAUUUCUUUUGUUCAGUGAUCGUCGAAGCAUCGCUCAACAAUGUUGGAUCCGUUUGCACAGCUCUUCCAAUAUUGUUAGGGUCACAUAGGCACAUUACACAUGGUUUACAAAGACUUAUUGGCUGUAUCCUUCCCAUGAUGCACUGCAGGUCCCAACAUUGUUGGGAGUUGUUGCAUCCGUUUGCACACCACUGCCAACACGGAUGCAGCAACUCCUAACAUUGUUGGCCCAACAAUGUUGGGGGUUGUUGCGUUCGUUUGCACGUAGCUUAAGGAGAACAUUGAUGUUGGUCACCUUUGGGACUUAAAAAAACUGUUGAGAGAAAGUAAAGUUAUAACUGACUGGUAUUUAACAUAUUAAUUCUCAGGACGAAGAGUGGCAAUAACAUUUUUUCUUCCUUUUAAAAUUGUUAAAAUGAACUUCCUUACGAAGUAGUAUUAAAACACUACAAAGGCCUUCGCUAAGCCAGUGUUCAUGAACUUAACUCCACUCAAAUCAAUUUUUUUUCUCAGUUCACUACCUGCACCUUAUCUUAUGGCAUACAACACUACAGAUCAAGUUUAUUAUUUAAAGCAGUAUUCAGAAAUCAAAGAUGAAUUCACAGAAGAACAACUUGUGUCCUUCCUUGAGGAUGUGUUGGAGGGGCGUGCAAAGGUAUGAUGUAUAUUAGAAGGGGUUAACGACCAUGACAGCGAUGACCGUGAAGCCCGGGGGUUACUCCCAAAAUAACCUGUAGAGAAAGGUCCCGCCCGAAAGGGCUACCUUUUUCAGGCUUCAGGUAUAGAAAGGGUAGGCAAAUUUGGGGGCUUAAAUUUUUAUUUUUCUUUUUGUAAAUAUCUUUUUAGGGAUAUGGCGGAGAUUCCUAUUUCCAGAGGUUGUACAGAGUAAGUUUACCUCAGACAUGAAAGGUUUAAGUUCUUCUUUUUCUUUUUGUCAAAGCGUCAUUGUGAUGUUUUUAAAUGGUUGUGAAUUUUUAAUUUCUUGCAGGGAGUUUGGGACCUAAUAAAGACAAUUUAUGUAAGUGAAUAAGAUGUAAAACUACUUAUUACUUUAAACUGAGUUUGCUUCGUGAAGUAGAGUGCUUACGAAACAACGACGAGGCCGGAAGUGAGAAAGUCACUAGUAAACUAAAAGUGAAUUGGUAUCCCUUUAAACUUCUGGCGGGAAUUUCCAGAUCACUUAGCUGGAUAGAUACAGCGGGUGACACUUUGUUUUUGCUGGCCAAGAGAUGAUUUUGUGAAUAGGCAUUUCUUGCUUUUUACGGGAACUGAGUUUUAAAUUUGGUCCUGUCUGGUUUUUCUCUUUGCAAACGAAGUUUUGUUAAUUUUUGGCAAUUCGUACGUUCAGUAUUUGAGUCACAAUACAAACAAAACAACAUCCGAAAAACAGUAGACCGUUGUUUUUCUUAGUUACGAGGUAGCUUAAGCAACGACGACGGCGACAUCAACGAGAACGGCAAAAAAAGCAAAUAGAUUUAGGCUACAUUCACAAGGUACCGGUCGAAUUUUUGGGGUGCGUUCCUUAUUUGAGAUGAUCCGGAUAGGAUCAGUGAACCGAGAUCACUUGAAUCAUGGUAGAUCAAAUAAACCGAUGAAUUCUUGUCCAGAGUGGAUUCGAUUAGUACGGCCACCGCCUCUUACAAAAACCUGGAUUUACCCGUGAGUUCCUGAACAAAAAUGACGUUAUGUGUUUCAUUUUCCUAAUAUAGGAGAUCUGGACGACCCAACCGAUUGCUGCAUUAGUCAUGUUUGGCUUCCCGUUGCUUGUGUUUUCCUUUGUUAUUUAUAUGCUGUGUAUUGCCGACCCUGGGCCGGAGGAGGAACUCGAUGAAGAUGAUGCCGUUGGGUUUGAUGAUGGUGACCACGAACAGACUAUAGAGGAACUCAAAGAAUCCGACGAAGAAGCCGAAUCUGGCGCAAAACCUAAAACAGAAUGAUUUUAAAACUUUUCGCAAUUAAGGAUAAAAUAUGUAAGCUUUUGACAGAUGGCUUGCCUUUCUGUCCACGCAUUCACUGUUUUUCUACAUCACUUUUUCUUUCUAAAUAAAAACUCCUUAGAGGUGAUGUUACACGGGACGAUUCGCAACGACGAUUUUUAGCGCAAUGCAACGUUGCAGUAUUGUUGCAACAUUGUUUCGAAUAGCUGCAACAUUGUUCCAACAUUGCAACGCUGUGUUCCGCUAAAAAUCGUCGUUGCAAAUC